AUGAAUAUAAAUAAACUUUAAAUCAGAAAUUAAUCGCAGCCAUCUAUUUGGAGUGUGCAUCAGCCUCAAAUAAAACCUUGCACCAGACCAAAAAUCAAUCACAAGAGAAUUAUUUUACCUAUUAUCUCUCCAAAUCCGACAAUUGGCUACUAUUGUCCAAAUUUACAAAACAUAUACACAAAUCCCAAAAUUGCUAGAAUGCGUAGUAUUACCAAAAUUCCAACAAACAAUGACUAUUUGGUAGAAAAACUAAAACACCAAUCAAACACCAAAAAGUCUCAUUCAUAACUUACUGUUUUAGAGCUAAUGCUCAAAGAAGUCAAUGAAGAAGUUGAUCAGGAUCUCAAAGACAAUCCUGUAUAUAAUUAUAUUUUUUUAUGAAUAUUAGAAAUGUCCUAAAACCCCUCUCUAAUUGCAACCGUUGAAUGAUAAUUUUUUAGAUUAACUCAAAUAUCUAAGGCUGAAUUUAAAAAGACUUCUCAAAAAGAAAAUAUGA